AUGACCAGCUUAGAAACGGUGAUCAGCCUGGAAAUUAGUGACCAGCACUGGAAACAAUUUGUCGAUGAUGACAGUGUCGACGCGUCGAUGAGCAGACCGUCAAUCCUGAGUCUGGACGCGUUGUUGUCAAACGGAGCGAGGCGCUCAGGCGGUGUGUCAUCCCUCGCGCACGCUCCAUCCUAUUUGGAAGAUCCCACCCACAGUACUGUAUUUGUCUUAUAG